ACACCACACUACGAUUGUUCGCUAAAAAGACUAUUGGGAUUGAUUAAUCUUAAAAAUCUUCCAUUAUUGUUCUCUCAUCUCCCUUUCUCUUUAGAUCUCAGAAAAGCUCUAAUCUGAUGGCUGCUACCAUCGUUUCCAUUAAAGCUAGGCAGAUUUUCGACAGCCGUGGAAAUCCAACGGUCGAGGUUGAUGUGGAAACAUCCAACGGUAGAAAGGCUAGAGCCGCAGUUCCAAGCGGUGCAUCCACUGGAGUUUACGAGGCUCUUGAACUGAGAGAUGGAGGUUCCGAUUACCUUGGUAAAGGUGUAUCAAAGGCUGUUGCUAAUGUUAACACGAUUAUCGGGCCUGCAUUGAUUGGAAAGGAUCCAACUCAGCAGACUGCUAUUGACAAUUUCAUGGUUCAACAACUAGACGGAACUCAAAACGAGUGGGGUUGGUGCAAACAAAAGCUUGGAGCAAAUGCCAUUCUUGCUGUGUCCCUUGCAGUUUGCAAAGCUGGAGCUGAAGUUCUGAAUAUUCCCCUUUAUAGGCACAUUGCUAACCUUGCUGGUAACAAAAAGUUGGUUCUUCCAGUCCCUGCUUUCAAUGUCAUCAAUGGUGGUUCGCAUGCAGGUAACAAACUUGCUAUGCAGGAGUUCAUGAUUCUCCCUACAGGAGCAUCAUCUUUUAAGGAGGACAUGAAAAUGGGUGUGGAAGUCUACCACAACUUGAAGUCUGUGAUCAAGAAGAAGUAUGGUCAAGAUGCAACCAAUGUUGGUGAUGAAGGCGGUUUUGCUCCUAACAUUCAGGAGAACAAGGAAGGGCUUGAAUUGUUAAAGACUGCCAUUGCAAAAGCUGGUUACACUGGCAAAGUUGUUAUUGGAAUGGAUGUUGCUGCGUCCGAAUUUUAUGGAUCAGCAGAUAAAACCUAUGAUCUGAACUUCAAGGAAGAGAAAAAUGAUGGUUCACAAAAGAUAUCAGGAGAUGCUCUCAAAGACUUAUACAAGUCAUUUGUUUCUGAGUAUCCUAUUGAGUCAAUUGAGGAUCCCUUUGACCAAGAUGAUUGGGAGCAUUACUCCAAACUAACCAAUGAAAUUGGAACAAAAGUUCAGAUUGUCGGAGAUGAUCUCUUGGUCACCAAUCCAAAGGUUAAUCAAAUUGGAUCUGUUACCGAAAGUAUCGAAGCUGUCAAAAUGUCCAAGAAAGCUGGAUGGGGUGUGAUGGCCAGCCACCGCAGUGGUGAAACUGAGGAUACAUUUAUUGCGGAUCUUUCGGUCAGUUUGGCCACGGGUCAAAUUAAGACCGGAGCUCCAUGCCGGUCUGAGCGUCUAGCUAAGUACAAUCAGCUUUUGCGAAUCGAGGAGGAGCUCGGUUCGGAUGCCAUCUAUGCCGGAGCUAGUUUCCGUGCUCCUGUUGAACCUUAUUAGGAGUUGGUUUGAUGAUAAAGUUUGUUGCGACUGGAUGUGCGCAAUAGAGCUUUACUUCCAAUGAAUAAGUUAUAAUAGCACAUGGUGGGUUAGUCAAGACCCAAAAACCUUUUUUUUUCAAUAAUUUUGACGGAAAUUUUGUUCCAAAGAAACAUAAAAUUAUGUCGAAAACCUCAAAUCAAGCUCCUUGUUUUUAUAGGUACCCCGUUCAUGGUUGCUUGUUAUUUUCGGAGAUCAUGGUUCUGCUGCCUUUUUAACUUCCGGCCGAGUUACCACAAAUGAAAAAAUUGCAUUUUGGCACUA